GUUUUUCUACCUGGCUUCUUGUCCAGCAACCUGUAUUACAAAUACUUGAAUGAUCUCAUCCAUUCAGUACGAGGAGAUGAAUUUCCAGGGGGAAAUAUUGCACAGAGUAUUCAGGGCCCUGGUAACAAUCCUGAUAGCGACUCUCAGAUGGGAGCCCCCGAUGGCUCUGCUUCCCAGUCCAAUGUCAAAAAGGCUAAUGUUAAAAUCCUGAAAAAUUUUGAUGAAGCAAUAAUUGUAGAUGCUGCAAGUCUGGAUCCAGAAUCCUUAUAUCAACGAACUUAUGCAGGGAAGAUGACAUUUGGGCGAGUCAGUGACCUGGGACAGUUCAUCAGAGAAUCUGAACCAGAGCCUGAUGUCAAGAAAUCCAAAGGGUCCAUGUUUUCACAAGCAAUGAAGAAAUGGGUUCAAGGAAACACGGAUGAGGCUCAAGAGGAGAUGGCUUGGAGGAUAGCGAAGAUGAUAGUCAAUGAUGUGAUGCAGCAGGCACAAUGUGAGCAGCAUGCGGAGAAGGUUACAAAGCUAUGAUUUUAAAUGCCAGAACAGGAAAUCUAAUUUUCUGCUUUGAAAAUGAGUGAACUUUCCUGUUUGGUGGAUUCUUUAACACAGCCAAUAAAAGCAAAGCACUGUUACUACAUACGCCGGUAUCUCCCUCAUUUAUAAGGAAGAAUUAAAAAGAAGCAAUCCUGUACCUCCACCGUAGAGAGCCAAGAAACACUUUGUCCUGUUGUGUACGGCAUUCACAAUAAUGUUGGUUUGUAAGAGAGAUGAAGACACAGUUUAUGAACGUGUCACUGAGAAACUGUGAUCAACUUCACAAAUACUUGACCCUGUCAAAAAGACUCUUAAGCAAAAUAUCUGGAAGGGGACACAGGCCACACGAAGGCGGGGAAGGUUUUGCUGUAGUUUCUAGUUCUACUACUUGUAAUUUUUAAACACAUAAUUGCAAAGGCCGUGGGGAUAUCUCCCUGACACCUGACCACUGGAGAAGUGAACCUGAAGCCGCAAGUUCAUUGGCAGUGAAUGACCUUAAAAGUUCUAAGUUUUAUUUUUCCUUACUUGAAAUAGCUGAGUAUUCAACUGUAAGAUAAAUGUAUUUUACUUCAUAAUUACAUUAACGUUGAAGGGAGCGUAGAACGAUGAGGAGUGAAGCCUGGACAGUUUAACUCUUCCUUGUCAAGCGC